AUGUAUUCCCGGUCAUUAAGAUUAUUGUCAGUAUUGGCAAUCAUCUUCGCCAUUGCUCAAGCCGGUUGGAUUGAUCGUGGCGUCUUUAAUCGACGAGCAGAUAGUACUGGCGCCUUGACAUCAGGAGGUGGAAGUAGUGCUGCCACCAGUGCCGGAGGAAGCGGAGCAGAUACAGAUACUACCACUUCAGCAGCACCAACAACAUCUGCCACUCCAACCACUUCAGCAGAGAAAACAAGUGAAACUUCAGCCACUACCUCAGCAGCACCCACAACUCCAACAACCACAUCAGCAGCCCCUACAACUGCAGCUCCUACAACUUCUGCAGCAACCACUCCCGUAUCUGUUCCUGAAACGACAUCUUCAGCAACCACACCAGCCCAAACCACUGCUGCUCAAACUACCGAAGAUGCUCAAACUACUCAGACAUCCGCCACUAAAACAUCUAGCACCAAGAGUAGCAAGUCUUCUACAUCUUCAUCAUCAACCGUUCCAUCUACCACUUUCUCUGAAGUCACCAUUACCCCAUCCGCAACUCAAGUCGUCGUAACCGUCAUUUCAACAUCUAGUGGAAGUACUAUUACCUCGGAAUACACUACCUCUACUACUCCUGCCGCCUACACCACGACAACCGCUGUUCCCAUUAGUGAUUCUUCAUCCUCCUCUUCCACGGGUAUGUCAACCAAGACACGCAAUACCGUCAUUGGUGUCGUAGUUGGUAUUGGUGGUGCCAUUCUUCUCGGAGGAUUAUUCAUCGUCGCAUGGAGAAUCUGGGGACGCAACAAGAAGGAAGAUGAGAAUGAUGGAUUGAUGGGAGGUUACGAUCCAGUAUCUGCCGGUCACGAAAUGAAGAAUGAAGGUGGUGUUGCACCCAAUCCUUUUCAAACUACUUUGGAAGGUUAUCAUCAACCUGGAAGAGGAAAUGUUUCGGCAAACUUCUAA